UUCUGCACAGAAAAGAGAAUAGUAUCUCCUUCAAGCAAGCAGUUUCAAAGAGAAACAUCUUCUUGCAAGCAGUCUUUUUUCUUAAAAGUGUAAAAAAAAUAAAAAAUAAUGGACAGUGCCUUUCACAAACUGGACGCCACUGGCUUCUUGGAGAUCUGGCAGCACUUUGAUGCAGACGACAAUGGUUACAUCGAGGGCAAAGAGCUGGAUGAGUUUUUCCGGCACAUGAUGAAGAGAUUGGGGCCACAGGAGAAAGUGACUGCAGAGCGAGUGGAGAGGAUGAAGCAGAGGUUCAUGUCCGCCUACGACAUAUCUGCAGAUGGCAAACUACAGAUCCAGGAGUUGGCCAACAUGAUCCUACCUGAGCAGGAGAACUUCCUGUUGAUCUUCCGCAGAGAAUCUACCUUGGACAACAGUGUAGACUUCAUGAAGACAUGGAGGAAGUACGACGUGGACAGCAGUGGCUACAUAUCAGCUCAGGAGCUGAAGGCUUUCCUGAAAGACUUGUUCCAGCAGCACGGCAGGGAAGUGUCACCUGACAAGAUAGAGGAGUACACCGACACAAUGAUGAAAAUCUUUGACAAAAACAAGGAUGGCCGUUUGGAUCUCAAUGACCUGGCCAGGAUCUUGGAUUUAGAAGAGAAUUUUCUGCUGCAAUUCCAGUUGGAUGCUGGCAGCAAAGAGGAGAGGAAACGAGACUUUCUGAAGAUUUUUGAUCAUUAUGAUAUCAGCAAGACUGGAGCGCUGGAGGGCCCUGAGGUGGAUGGUUUCGUCAAAGAUAUGAUGGAACUGGUCAGGCCCAACCUCACAGGUCCUGAGCUGGACAAGCUACGAGCUGUUUUGCUGCGUCACUGUGACGUGAACAAGGAUGGAAAGAUUCAGAAAAAUGAGCUCUCGCUGUGUCUGGGCGUGAAGCCGUCACAGUGAGGUUUCACAGCUGGAGCAUCAUGUUUGUCAUCAUGAUUUUAAAAGCUUGAAUACAUUUAAAUGUAAGUGUAAAAUCAGACAGAGAUAGUGUUAUGUCACUUGCACUGGUUAUCAUGGAAAAACACAUUGAUCUAAAAAAAUGGAUUGUAUUGUGCAUGUUGGAGGACAAAUUAAAUGCAAUGUGAAUACUCCUGGUUAUAUUGUAAUAAAUGUUGUCCUGUACAAUAUAAAAUCACAAGCUGGAUGCAUGAGUGAGAUGAAACAUUUAGAUUUUUUUUUGAAGCUAUAACACAAGGGGUGCAAACCACUUGAAAUAGGCUCUACUGCUUGUAACCUGCUGUCAUGUUGUUGUGUGUUAUUAUCACCAUGGUUACAUGACUUACUAAAUGAAAUAAAAGCAAACUUCUGAU